AGCUGGAGCUUUCAUCAUCAACCGCACGUUGAGCCUCCAUCUAUCAAUCAAAUCCACAACCCAUCAACGUCGCAUUAUCCCCUCUGCGAAAGCGGCCUCAAAUUCACCAAAUUUCUGAACCUCACGACUUACAUUUCUUCCAAGCAACAACCACAUCCCUCAAAAUGUCUCAAGCAAUGCGUAUCGUCCCCGGCAACUCCAACGCCCAGACCUACACUCACAUCUCGCACACGUCCUCCGCCCCCUCCGCCCCAGGCAUCCACGAUACUCUCCGCCAUGGUGUUGGCGCAUCCCCCUUCGACUCCAAAUCCACUCCCGCCUCUGCUCAUCCCCUCGAAGCCCGCCUGAAGAACUGGGAGGCUACUCAGGAGGCUCUCAAGAUGGAGACACUUCGACGUACCUAUGGCAUGGCUGAGCCUAUUCGACGUGGUAUGGAGCUCAAGAUUGUUCAGAACGGCGAGUGGCGGCCCAUGGCCCUCGGCAAUGGCCUCCCCAGCGUUCACGAGGAUAUUCUUAGGGGCCGUGAUGCUACGAUCACCUGGGAGGACGUCUUCACUGGCGAUGAGACAAGAGCCGUUGCAGGAUUCCAUGACGAGAUGGAAAAGAAGCUCAAGAUCCAGUAAACAAGCCGGCUGGCUGUCUUAAAGGAAACGAUGGCAUGGCCAUCUCCUUGUAUACCAUAAUUACAACAACACUUUAGACAGGCUCAAGAAAGUUAACGACCAAGAUAACCAAGGUCUGUUCUUCUGCUGAGAAGAUGGAUGAGACCAUGCAAUCGCAACAUAAAUGCUUCCUAUACUGCUAUGAAUGCGCUGUGAUUGAUAACGCGUCGACAAAUAUGCCGAAGAAGAAGAUUACAGAACCAAAACACAACCAAACCCAUAACUCAGAAUACGCAAUGAUACGCCAAUGUAGACUCCGGUGUCCCCGUCUCCCACACAGCAGAACCGUCAUACGAUUCUGCUGAUAAAUACAAUAUACCA